CAUUGUGUAUCGAUAGGCUGUGUUUUGCUGUUUCGCUGCAUUUUGAAAAGAAAUUAAAUUCCAAAAAACGCAAGUAAUGGAGCCAACCUGGUGGGUGGCCAACCUUAAGGCACUGAAGUCCACGGAGCAUCGCCUGGAGGCGCUAAACAAAAUGAGCAUGGCCAUCAGCAAGUCGGCAGCUCUGCCGCGCGAAACGGUCGAACUGCUCUUGAACUGCCCGGAGUUGUACGAGUGCGCGACAAUUGCCGGCGAAGAUGAGCAGAAGAAGCUGAACCAGCCGGUGGUCGAUGCGGCCGUAGAGCUACUGCGCCUCAGUCUCGAGCCACUGGAAAUCAACACCGAGGACGAGAAGCUGCCGGGCCUGCUCAAGCGCGGGCUGACACAUCCCAAUGCCAGCGUGCGCUCGGUUGUGCUCAACAAUCUGCUGCGUGAGCUUCGCCGCCAGUCCCGCGAAAGCACUGUACGUCCGCUGCCCAGCAACGAACUGAUCAUCUACGUGCUGGACGAGCUGAAGCAGCCCGAGUCGGAGUGCAGCACUGCGGCCAUCAGCGUUCUCGCGAUUGUCCUCACCCUGCGCCUCGACGAUGCCGAGAUACAGUCCAAACUGGUGCAGUUGCUGCAACAGAAUGACGUCAUCCGCUGCCGCGCCUACGAGCUGGGCGUAAUGCUGGCCAAGCGCAAUGCCGGCUCCCUCAAGAGUGUCGAAUUUAUCCUGGAUGUGGCCCUCUCCGAGCUGCACAACACCGAUGUGCUGCUGCAGGCCAGUGUCAUGGAGAUUUUGGUGCCGCUGGCGGACCAGAACCACGGACUCACCUACAUGGAGCGCCGCCGCGUGUUCGAUGUGAUCAGCUCUCGGGUGCAGCGCAUCGAGCAGGAGCCGCUCAACAUGCUCCUCAUUCCGAACAUCAUGAAGUUCUUUGGCAAAAUCGGCGCUGUGCAGCCGCAUAAGAUCAUCAACGACUACCCCAUCAUGGUGGAGUGUCUGUUCGAUCAGCUGAAGCACGAGGAUGAAAGCAUCCUGCCCACGGCCAUGGAAACGCUGGCAAAUCUGACGAGCACGCCUCAGGGCAAGGUUCUCAUUUCCAUGCGCUUCGAGCCGGCCAUGCUGCUGGCGCUCAAAACUCUCGGCGUCUACGUCCAAAAGCUGUCGCCGCAAGUGAAAAUCCGUCUGCUCGAGUCCCUGGAUGUCAUACUGGCAACAAAGACGCGCCCCAACUCGGAGAUUACAGCAAUCGUCAGCCGCUGGUACGAGAGCUUUGCCGGUGGCGAGCAGGUGAACUACAUCAUGGACCUGUACAACACACCCUUCGACGAUCUGCAGAUCGCUGCUCUGACCCUCCUCAAGACCCUGUGCACCUACCGCUGGGGCAUUGCGGCACUGCAACGCACUGGCGGAGCCGUCGAGCAUUUGGUGUCGCGUCAGCGCGAUCUGCACAAGGAUGUCAAGUUCCUGAAGUGGGAGAUCAUCGGACUGCUGGCAGGCAGCGAAGAGUUCACCGCCACCGAGACGGUGCGCUUCACAGCCUACGUGAAUGAGGGACCCUACUAUGUGCUCACGCAAGUGAACAUAGCCACAGAGUCGCAGGGUUAGCGGAGGAUACAACGACUCGGGCCGCCAUAUCAACAGCUCCAAAAUGCAGAAAAUUCCAAAUUUGAUGUUCGGCUGGGAUCGGAUAUUGUUUUGUUUUGUUGUGUUUUGUUUUGGGUUAAUUAAUAGCUAGAUUCAAAUGCAAAUGGAUGCAGACUAACUUUUGAAUAUGUAUUUAUAGAAUUACAAUUAAAAUGUAACUAUUAAAUCACUUAUCACA